GAGACACAGCACAGGGUGUUUUUGCUCAAACCUAACGCUGCUCUCCCCUCGCCUUACAGUUUAUUGCAUUGCUUUUAUUGUUUAGUGUUUAUUGAAAGGGAAAGGGUUUAAGUUUAGUAAGUAUUGGAAGUGUUGGAAGUGUUGGAUGCAAUAAAUGCUUGUUUUUAGUAUUCAGAGGGUUAUAGUGUACGCCCGGUUCGCUCAUUGGUUGUUAGGUUGAGAGUACUGCCUGUACUGGUAUUACAGGCAUUACAGGCAUUACCACACUAUAAGCACAUAUAACAGUGUGUUGUGUGUGGACUAGCGUUACGUGUUUUGCAUACAACACACACAACACUACAUAUCAUAUAAUAAUCACAUUUUGGGAACUAAAGGGUUCACCAAACAGUUGUGUCCACAACUUGACAACAACUACACCAACACUACAUCUAUAAGCAAUGUUAACCAACGGCACAGUCAACCAAUACUCUCCUAAUUCAGACGAGUCCUAUGACCAGCCAUUGGACUUUUCGGCUAAAGCUCGUCCGCCGUCCACACCAUCGCUGACCAACAUUAAUGUAAAACAAGAAGUAAAUGGCAAAAGACGGGACAGACACUCGACCGAUAAAGAAGAAAAGUCUCGUCCGCUUACAAACAAGUCAUCAUCAAGAGAGCCAUCGGUCACUAAUUGCUUUACAACUCCAUCGCCAUCACCGCCAGAGCACAACCCGAACAAUCAUCACAACUCAAACCAAGUAUUAUGUCAACUCUUAACCGGAAAUCUUAUUUCAACGCCAACGGGAAAACUUGUAUCUAAUAAAAGUUCAGCCAAUGCUCUGUCAAUUCAACAGCAGUUAAGUGCCGCCGAAAAUGCUCAACGAUAUAAUGGUCAGAGUUUGCCUAUAUUGUCGGUAUCGUCACCACCGCAGGCAAAAAACCUACAGUCGAUAACACCAUUUGGUGAACGACACAAUUCGCCAUUGAGUCCAACCGGAAGUGUAUCUCCUAUAGGAAUGGGUCCCUUAAAUCAGGUGGAAAUGCAUUUCCCACAUUCUCCGAGUUCCACAGGUAUUGACCGAUUUGGUACAUCAGGUGGUUUGUUGACCACUGCCUCCCAUAUGGCCUCAUUGGCUGUUAAUGACACGGCUAAGCGUUCUCUCAAACAUAACCGUCCAUUUAAAGCCUACCCGCGCGACCCCUUAUCCAUUCCAAUGAAUUAUUAUGCAUUACAUGGACUACAAAUGCCAAUGACUCCCGAAGCUAUUGCCACGCAAUCAAUAAUGGCCACCGCCUCAGAUCAGGCGUACUUACAAUUUAGGGAACAAAUGCUUGUCUCACGUAAGAGCACUCACGAACAGACGCGAAGAACAUCAGAUGGUCAGCAAUCGAUGCCAAAGAAUAGUACACAGACUACCAGUGCAUCAUUAGCUUCUCCACCUAUCAAUUCAAACGGCAAUAAUAACGGUACAAAUGAUAACAAUUUAAAUCAAAAUUCAAUUUAUAUGAAUCAAAAUGUUUGUCAAUCGACAACACCUCCGAAACAACAAGUGAUACCCAUUAUGAACCCUAAAAUGAACGGUUCAUUGCAACCCAUGUCUACGGCAUCUCAUAUUAAUACUACAGACGACACGUCUCAAUACUCUAAUGGAAAUUCCAGUGGAAACUCAUCUUCUGGUGAGGCAGAUGUGGGGUCAAUGGCCUUAAACUGUAGCUCUAAAUUGGAAAAUGGACACAAUAUUAGUGACGAUAGCAAUGAUGAUCAGCUACAGCACAGUCAUAAUCAACAUCUUUCUGCUUCAGCGUUACGCAAAAGAGGUCGUCCGCUGCCAGAAGAUCUCAAAGAUGACGCUUAUUGGGAAAGAAGACGAAAGAACAACGAAGCAGCAAAACGAUCGAGAGAUGCCCGAAGAGCUAAAGAAGACGAGAUCGCCAUUAGAGCCGCUUUUCUUGAACAGGAAAAUCUUAAACUUAGGGUUGAAAUCGCACAACUCAAGAGUGAAACUAACAAACUUAGAUGUCUUCUAUAUAGUAGCUAACUGUCCAAUCAGUAUAUAUUAAUAUUUAUAUAGAUAUAUCACGUCA